AUGUCCGACCCGGAGCUUUCAGUGGCGGCCUCGUCCUCACCGUCACUACCGGCCGCAGACUCCAAUGCCUUGACCUACGCUUUCUUGGUACACUCCCAGAAAACCCUGACACAGAACUUACCUCCACGAGUCGACAACAAGUUGCUCGCUCGUCAAAAGCGGCGUCGGACGAGCCCGGAGGACCAUGCCAUCCUAGAAGCCGAGUACCAAAUCAAUCCAAAGCCGGACAAGGUUGCCCGCACACAUAUUGUGAAUCGCGUCUCGCUGGGCGAGAAAGAGGUCCAGAUUUGGUUCCAGAAUCGCCGCCAGAACGACAGGAGGAAAUUGAAACCUCUCCAACCGCACGAGCUGCUUGCACCGCGCUCAAGUAUGUCCGACUCGUCGGGUCACCCAGCGAGUGAUGAUAACGCGUCCGCGGAACCGGGGUCGUCGAGUGGGGCAGAGCAGGUUGAGAGUCAGGACCGACCGGAGGAUUCACGACCAAAAUCCUGGGGUGGGGAUCUGUUGCAGUUGUCUGAUGAGUCUGAUCCGAUAAUGGGCGACAGAGAUGAGAUGGAACCGGUGUUGCAGAGUACGCAGACUAGUGUGGCCACGGAGGUUAUUGAAGAGACCCCGCCAACCACGCAGGAGGAGUUUUAUGGUGCGAAUUCACAACAAACCCUGAAUGAGGUAUCACCGGAGGAGUCAUCGCUGCAAGUACCCAAGCGAAAACGGUCCAUGUCGGAUAUUCGGGGAGAAGUAGCGAGCGAGCAGCCCGCGGUGCACACACAUACCACGCCGGUCAAGUCACCACCUUCACUGCGCCUGUCACUAUCCUUUGAUGGCGAGGCCAUGGUGCGGAAGGAGGAUGAGAUGACACCGUCGCCGCCCAAGGGUCGGAACUCUCUGCGCAUCGCCAUGUCCUCGGAUGGCAAAGCUGUGAUCCGUGGCGAGAACGAACCUUCCCCGUCCAAGAACCGCGUAGCCAUGUUCUCUGUACGUCGGCCGAAGAUCUCAGGCUUGCGUCGCAGCAGCAGUGCUAUCUUCCCGGCCACGCCGCGGGCCGGCAUGGCCGAGAACGAUCGAGUCUUCGGUCGCUCUCGCGACCCUCGAAACUGGGAGUCUGCCUUUGACACGGAUGCACGAAGUGCCCUGUCCACUCCAAUGUCCUCUCAAAAAGCCCCCACUUCUUCCCCCGGUCUCUUCCAGUCACGCAGCCAGCGCUCUUUGACCCGGAGUGCAUCGCAACGGCACAGCCUGGUCUCGGUGCAUGCCGACUCGGCUCGCACGCCGAUCUCUCAAUCAAUGGGAGAGAAAAGGCGAAAGCUCUCUCGGGCCGUGUCAUCCCUGGGCAGGUUAGAGACGGAGCGGAAUCGGGGAUCCCCCUAUCAAGUCUCCAAACUGUCCAAGAACAUGACAUCAAAGUCUGGCAAGCAAGAUCUCGAGCUCGAUCCCGGUGAUUCCGACAAGGAGAAUUGGGUCCCAGGCACUCGCUCCACACAAGCCCGUCGGCGUACUACCUCACACGUCCCGCGACCCGUUCUGCGUGAUGCCAACCGCAAAAGCGGCCUCGGCAUCAUGUCCGGUAGCAAACGCAACCGACAAUACCCAUCCGGGGUCCAGGGUAAAUCAGGGCCCGAUCUGAGUGCAGAAGUAUCAGCGUUCAUGGCCGGCGGUGCCGGCGGCAGUCAAGAAGAUGACUUGGACUGUGUCCAGGGUCUUCUAUCCCUCAGUCAAGGGGCAUGGCGAUAA